AUGAGCAGCAACAACUCAUCCUUCCCUGGAGCCUCACAGCUCUGCUAUGAGAAUGUGAAUGGAUCCUGUGUGAAAACUCCCUACUCUCCCGGACCCAGGGUGAUCCUCUAUGCAGUGUUUGGCUUGGGGGCUGUGCUGGCAGUGUUUGGGAACCUCCUGGUUAUGGUUUCAAUUUUUCAUUUCAAGCAGCUGCACUCUCCAACCAACUUCCUCAUCUCCUCUCUGGCCUGUGCAGACUUUCUGGUGGGCGUGACUGUGAUGCCCUUCAGCAUGGUCAGGUCUGUGGAGAGCUGCUGGUACUUUGGGAGAAGUUUCUGUACUUUCCACACUUGCUGUGAUGUGGCAUUUUGUUAUUCUUCUCUCUUUCACUUGUGCUUCAUCUCCAUAGACAGGUACAUUGCUGUUACUGACCCCCUUGUGUAUCCUACCAAGUUCACAGUGAAUGUUUCAGGGAUAUGCAUCAGUAUCUCCUGGAUUUUCCCCCUAGUAUACAGUGGAACUGUGUUCUACACAGGUGCCAAUGAUGAUGGGCUGGAGGAAUUAUCUAGUGCUGUCAACUGUGUAGGAGGUUGUCAGACAAUUGUAAAUCAAAAUUGGGUUUUGGUAGAUUUUCUAGCCUUCUUUCUACCUUCACUUAUUAUGAUAAUCCUCUAUAGUAAUAUUUUUCUAGUGGCUAGACAACAGGCUAAGAAGAUUGAAAAUACCAGUAGCAAAACAGAAUCAUCAGAUAGUUAUAAAUCUAGAGUGGCAAGAAGAGAGAGAAAAGCAGCAAAAACUCUUGGCAUCACCGUAAUAGCAUUUAUGAUUUCAUGGCUUCCAUAUAGCAUUGAUUCAUUAAUUGAUGCCUUUGUGGGAUUCAUAACACCAGCCUAUAUUUAUGAGAUUUGUGUCUGGUGUGCUUAUUAUAACUCAGCCAUGAACCCUUUGAUUUAUGCUCUAUUUUACCCAUGGUUUAGAAAAGCCAUAUACAUUGUUGUGAGUGGUAAGAUUUUCAAGGACAGUUCAGCAACAAUGAGCUUAUCUUCUGAACAAACAUAA